AUGAAGGACACUCAGAACAACAGCCAGGCCAUAGGCCUGACCUUCAGGCCCACCAUGGACUCACUGACCUGGACCUACUUCGCAGUAAGUUUCCUGGCCAUGACCACCUGCCUGUGUGGGAUGGCGGGCAACGGCGUGGUACUCUGGCUGCUGAGCUUCCGCGUGCAGAGGUCCUCCUUCUGUGUCUAUGUGCUCAACCUGGCAGCGGCGGACCUCCUCUUCCUGUUCUGCAUGGCCACACUGCUCAGCCUGGAGACCGGGCUCCUGCUCAAAACCAGCCCCAGCGCCAUGUUCUACGAGGUGAUGAAAAGAACCAAGUACUUCGCCUACACGGCUGGCCUGAGCCUGCUGACAGCCAUCAGCACCCAUCGCUGCCUCUCCGUCCUCUUCCCCAUCUGGUACAAGUGCCACCAGCCCCAGUACUUACCGGCCGGGGUGUGUGGCGCACUCUGGGCACUGGCCUUGCUGAUGAAUUUUCUGGCCUCCUUCUUCUGUAUGCAGUUCUGGCACCCUGAUGAAAGUCAUUGCUUCCUGGUGGACAUGGUGUUCAGUGGGCUUAUCCUGGGCAUCUUCAUGCCCGUCAUGACCCUGUCCAGCGCCAUCCUCUUCGUGCGGGUGAGGAAGAGCACCGGACUGCGGCGGCGACCCCGCCGGUUGUUCGUGGUCAUCCUGGCUUCUGUCUUGGUGUUUCUCACCUGCUCGCUGCCCCUGGGCGUCUACUGGUUUUUACUCUACUGGGUGGGCCUGCCACGGGCUGUGAGCCUCCUCUACAUCUGCCUGUCCCGCCUCUUCUCCUGUUUGAGCAGCAGUGCCAACCCACUCAUCUACUUCCUCGUCGGCAGCCAGAAGAGCCACAGGCUUCGGGAGACCCUGGGCGCUGUGCUGGGCCGAGCACUGCGGGAUGAGCCUGAGGUGGACGACCGAGGGACCCCAACCACGUGCACCAACGAUGGGAUCUGA